AUGGUUUCAUUCUGGCUUGCCGCUCACUUCCCUUUUUCCUUGGCUACUGGGCCAGUGGGCAGGAGCGACGAGGCAGAGAGGCAGCUGAAGCGCCUGCUGGGUCCCUCCCAGGCUGCUGCAGCAGCAGCCGAGCUCUCCUCCUCCUCCCCGCCUCAACCUGCUGCUGCUGCUGUCUCAACCAAGGGAGCAGUAGCGGCAGUGGAUGGGUUGGAGCAGGCAGAGGCGGGUGUGGCGAGGAAACGAGCGGAUGAAGCACCUGCUGCGUCGCUCUUCACACUCUUCUCCAAGCGCUACCGCAAAGUGGUGCUGCUGGGCAUGGCGCUGUUCGCAGUGCAGCAGUUUGCGGGCAUCAACGCCAUCAUCUACUACUCCUCCUCUGUCUUCCGCUCUGCCGGCAUUCAAUCCGACGUUGCUGCCAGCGCCCUUGUGGGCCUUGCUAACGUGCUAGGCACAGCUGUCUCGCUCAACCUGGUGGACCAGCAGGGCCGCAAGAGCCUGCUCAUGGGGUCCUUUACCGGCAUGGGCUGCUCCAUGCUCCUCCUCGCCCUCACCCUCUCCUUCCCGCCGCUCCAGCCAAUUGCAGCGCCACUCUCUGUGCUGGGAACAGUGGCCUACGUGCUCGCCUUCGCCAUGGGAGCUGGACCCGUGCCCGCCCUACUCCUCCCCGAGAUCUUCCCCUCCAACAUUCGCGCCUCGGCCGUCGCAGCAGCGCUCACCACGCACUGGAUUUGCAACUUCGUUAUAGGCCUCUCCUUCUUAGGUUUUGUGAAGGUGGUGGGUGUGGCAGCGGCGUACGUGGGGUUUGCGGCGGUGUGCUUUGUGGGGGUGGUGUUUGUGCGUGCGUGCGUGGUGGAGACCAAGGGGCGGAGCUUGGAGGAGAUUGAGAGGGAGCUUAUUGGUAGUGACGCUUAG